UAGUUGUUGGGAAUGUCCUCAAUGUACGCAAUAAACUGACUCAAAACCGAGUCCAGAGUAACUGCAUGUACUUUUUUUUUUGCGGUAUCUAAAGUUUAAGCCCAGUUCUUGUGGAAACGCUUGGCCCGUAAAGCAUGAAGUUGCAUACAUGUGUACAGUGCACAUGAAAUCCAUUCGAUCUGAUCUGUGGCUGUUCUGUUCAACUGAGUUUUUAUUUGUCUGUAAGUUCUAUGUUAAUAUACCGAAUUCUUUUUAUAGGCUUGAGUUGAGUUAGAGAUAUUUUUCUCAAGGAGAAAAAAAAAACACGUUGGAGAUUUAUGGAGUUCUACGAUUUAGUGCAGCCUCAGUCUUCCCGUUUUACUUUCCUUUUAAUUUGUCCUAUUAGGUUUUAUUCGACACGGAAGACAACGACAACAACAACAACUAAACGAGCUUUGGAAGGAACAAGCGUUUAGGCCCUGCACUCUGAAAUGCCUGAAGAGUGCAGCUGCAACCCAUACCGCACUCCGCUCGACUAACAUCUUCACUAUCUGUCACACUUCACACAAUGUUUACUUAUUUAUGACACGGAUGGUCUGGCAGUGUCACCAAAGGCCUGAUAGAUCAAUCCAGCGCUCUCAGGAGAUCCUCAAUUGACUUGCAUUAAUUAUUAAAUACAUAUUCGAUAUCAUUAAAGUGCACAAGCGUGACGCAGCGUCCGCACUAUUUUUCUUAAGAGUGGUUUCGCGACGGCGGGCAAGGAUCCUCUUUAUCGAAAAGACACGGUAGAUUAUUUGGCAAACAUUCCGCAUGCGCACUUCCAGUUUAUUCCUUGCUGUUGGAUAUUAUCAUUACGAUGCGUUUUAUUUUCGCUUAAUCACAUUAGUUGGGCCAAAUGCCAUGCAUCUCGGGUAAGAGCUAUUACGCGUUGCAUGAUUAAAUAAAACCGACACUGCAAAGCUUAACACGAGGUACCUUUCAGUGUUCUUCGCUAUGGGCCAUGUCCACAGUUUUGCGCACUGCGCUCGGGGUUGCAUUGCCACGACACUGGCUUCUUGAAGCUUAUGGAAAUACUAGUGUGACAUCUUGUCCAAAGGCAUUAAGGGUUUGCAGUAUCAGAAGUGACUCAUCACUCUUAAACAAUCCGCCUCAACGCUUAUGGAGAGUGCACAUCUGAUAUUUGACAUGAAUCUAAUGGUAACUGUUUGACCUCCCCGUUGGGGUCACUUCACACAACAAUCCCUGGUUGACUCCGGUUGAUUUGAUUAAGACACGGCAACCAGCCAGUGAUGAUCAAGGUAAGAAUAUUCAAAUAGAGCUAGCAGAUAGAACAUUGAUUCAUUUUAGGGCACUACACUCAUUUAUACACACACACACACACACACACACACACACACAUAUAUAUAUAUAUAGCAUCCAUGCAAAAUAAAAUAUUUCGGUCUGCACGGCUGGAUUGUCUUGUUUACAUACAGUUUACAGUUUAUUUCUGGUAGAUUUGAAAAUAAAUAAACAUGCACUCUUUAAUAUUCAUUGCAAACAGAUGUACUUGUGGUCUUUCAAAAAAAUUACGCCACACUACACUUUAUUUCUUUCUUCCUAUACAUUUGUGCACAGCUAAAAAGCAUAAUAAAAAUAAUAGCUAGUUCCAAACAACGACCUGUCCAACGCCAUGUAACUUUUUCGUGCGAACAUAAUGUGCUUCAGGCCUACUCUGACUCUACACGUGCUCCACGACCUUUGUUUCUUUCUUUAUUUUACACAAUUGCACCAAAUGAAAUUGUGUGGUUUCUGUGCGAGGACGUUUAAUUUGCAGGCUGAAAAACAAAACCGCCAGACACGCUGUAAGCAAAGGUUCAUCAAACAGCUCGCAGCUUAUUUUAAUAUCGCACCAGGACGAUUGAGGCGAUAUAGGCCUACUACUUGGUUGAGCUGUGAGACCAGACGUCUCUUUUUAUUUUUAUUUUUAUUUAUUUUUUUAUUUGAGAUUUUGUUAUGCAUGCCAUUACGCGCUGGUACAGGCAGAGCCCAGGGAGGGAAACCAGCUACAGAUGCUAUUACCUAUGUUAUUUAUAAACUGCUAAACACUCGACUUUCCCGCAAACUGCGUGUUUUGCUCAUUUAACAAUUCCGCUUCGGAGGCAGACACGACAGGUACAUUAACAUCACAGGUGUAGAGUGAGUGGCGUGUUCUCCGAAGCCCAAUAGAUAAUCGAUAAGUUGUAAGUGUUGGAAGGACAGUUUGUUUACUAAGCUGCUGUUUUAGCAAAGCGUCCCCUGCUUUGCUGCCCCUGCCUACAUUAAGCGCCUCCUUCUGUGCGCCUCAGCCGCUCGUGGACAGAGCCGGAUUGGGCAAGCGGGCAACAUUACCUCGGAUCACAGCAACAUGGACUUUUUACAGCACUUUCGCAUGCAGGCUCACCGACACCGGUCCCAUGACGAAGCGGACGAAACGGAGAGGGUGGGCGCCUGGCACAAAGCACGUAAAACUGCUUCUUUAGCUUUUUGCAUGUGUUCUUUUUUGGGGAGCUUGAUCUUCACACCGCGCAGGCCAGCAUAGCUCCGGGACGCCCGUCGCAUGUUAAACGUGUCGAAUUGUGUAAGCAGCGAGCUGUAGCUGCGUGUUGAGUCAGACUGGCGAGAUUUUAGCGACGUCGACGAGGAAAACACCGGACGCAAACUUUGGUAAGAUCAAACUGGUUUGCGUUUGGCUGCAGCAGCGCAUCGGCUGUUUGAGAGUAGCCUGCUUCUGGCCACUCGUAACUCUGGGACUGGAGCUUUAAAAAGUACAAUAAGCUUUGCAAAACAAAAUAUUAACUUUCUUUCCCUUUUUUCGUCUUUUUUUUUCUCCUCCAAAUCUCGGCGCAGGCGCCCUGGCUCCUUCUCGCUGCCACUAAAAACAUUUUUCCCCCUUCACACUGGAAACUGUCACAAGUGACGUCAAUCACCGAGCUCUGACCAAUUAGAGAGCGGGAUGAUUGUUCGGCUCGGCGGGCUGCAGCGCCUACCAUGAAUCUCUAUUCAGUAUAUCAAAGCGUCCUGCUGCUGCCUCUCAACCGAAUGGGAUUCCAUGUAGGCACAGAGAUAGGAACCAAACUUUAGGAAGUUUUUAUUUUUUUUUAUUUUUUUUUUCUCCCUGUAUUUUUUUUUCUCCAAAGCGAUUAAAAUAUAUUUGUCAUCAUCAUUAUUAUUUUGCCUGCUGUCAAGUUGUUCUAAAAAAAAAGAGAGAAAAAGAAAAAGAAAAAAAAAAGAAAAAGAAAAAAAUUAGGAGUAAUGAGCGUGGAUGCUUUGGGAAGCCCCGUGAUGGACCCUACGUUUUCCAAACGGAACACGGCGCUGAGAUUAGUUGACUUGGCAGGGGCUCACCACCAUCACCAUCAUCACCACCAUACCCCUCAGAGCGUGACAGGCUUCCCGGGGUUCAGCAGCCAUCCCCACUCAAUGGCUCACUCGCACCCUGGGGAGAUUACUGCGGAACCCCGCCUGGGGCCGAGUCCAUUCGGGCCAGAACACAUGGGGCACUCCGCGGCCCUCAAAAUCAGCCCAGCCCAUCAUUAUCCCCACCGCCACCACCACCACCACCACAAUCAUCAUAUUGCAGGCCACGGCGACGUGGUCUCCAGUCAAACGGGAGCCUUUGGCCCGGUGCAGGCGGCGACGGUGCCCUACUCUAUGUCUCACACGGCCCAGGCAUUAUCCGCAGGUAGCAGCUACCCGGGACACUAUGGUCAGCACGCCGACACCCUCUUCCCCGGACUCCAGCACGAGCAGCCGUCCAGCGGAGCGCCAGGUGGUCAAGCCCUGAAUGGACAAAUAAGGUUGGGGAUACCUGGAGACAUGUACGUGAGGUCUGAUCACUUGACUCCAGUGGCGAGCUCCAGGGCGGACCCGUUCGCAGCCUCGCCUCUGCACGGCUACGGCGGACUCAGUCUGAACAUGAACCUCGGUGCCCAUCACCACCACCACCACCACCAGCACCACCACCACCACAGCGCCGGCGCCUUCCUCCGCUACAUGCGGCAGCCUAUCAAGCAGGAGCUCAUCUGCAAGUGGCUGGAGCCGGAGCACUCCGCCAAGAAACUUUGCUCCAAGACCUACAGCACCAUGCACGAGCUCGUGACCCAUGUGACCGUGGAGCAUGUCGGUGGACCGGAGCAGGCGAACCACGUCUGCUUCUGGGAAGAGUGUCCGCGGGAAGGGAAGCCCUUUAAGGCCAAAUACAAACUUGUAAACCACAUCCGCGUGCACACGGGAGAAAAACCCUUCCCGUGCCCGUUCCCCGGCUGCGGCAAAGUGUUCGCGCGAUCGGAAAACCUGAAAAUCCACAAACGGACGCACACAGGCGAAAAGCCGUUCAAGUGCGAGUUUGACGGAUGCGACAGACGGUUUGCAAACAGCAGUGACCGGAAAAAGCACUCCCACGUGCACACCAGCGAUAAGCCGUACAACUGCAAAGUGAGAGGUUGUGACAAGUCGUACACGCACCCCAGCUCUUUGAGGAAACACAUGAAGGUCCACUGCAAGUCCCCACCUCCGAGUUCGGGUUACGAGUCAUCGACUCCGUCUCUGGUUUCCCCUUCGUCGGACCUGGGCCGGGAGCCAGCACCCUCCGCGCUCUCCGAGCCCCUCUCAGGCUCGCAGGCCGCCAAUCUGAGCGAGUGGUACGUGUGCCACAGCUCGGGGGCCAGCGGCGCUCAGAGCCCCCCCAGCGGCUCGUCCACGCCCGACCCUUCAGAUGGACCACCGUAUAGGAAUUCUGAAAGGGGGGACGCGUUCUAGAGCGAAAGAACUGAUGCGCGUCCUACAAUGUAGGGAAGAAAAGGGAGUUCCUGAAUGCAGAACGAGAACGCCAGCGCGCACUAGAAUACAGAACGUUCCAGGAUGCAUGGCGCGAACGCGUUCUAGAAUGCACGGGGUGAAUACAGAACUGGGGUGCAUUCUAGAAUGCGGAACGGAAAUGCAUUCAAGAAUGCAGUACAGUAGCGUGUGGUAGGAUGCAGAACUGGUGCUGGAGGGUCUCGUGAUCUGCAGAACUGGAACGCAUUCUGGAAUUCGGACAGCAGAAUCCAGAACGUCCCCCCGACUUUGCAGCUUCGUUUCUUACUUUUCUGUCCCUGGCUGACCGAGAGUCAGAAAAGUAGGCCCAACCGUACAACGCACUGGCGCACUGACAGCUAAUGUCACAGCCAAACCGCAAACUGAGGCAGCCAACUUGUUUCCCACAUGGCUGACUAUGAACUGAUUUCACGAGUGUCCAUUUUCUUAACCGGUGUACUGAUUAAUCGUACGCAUGUGGAUGUAUUAUUUUGUACAUUUCUGAUUUGACUUCAAUAACUUCUUAAUUUAUUUUUGAAUCGGUAUUGGGAUUUCUUUUUGUAUUAUCCAACCAAAGUGCUUCAACUUCAAAAACAAAGUGUACAUUUGUAAAUGACAACGUUUUAAUGUGUAAGUGUUAACAGUAAUUUUGUAAGGUUCAGUAUUUCAGCUAUUUUUAAAUGUUUGCUACUAUUGUUUGUAAAAAAAAAAAAAAAAAUAAGGAGAAUAAUGUUUGGUAUCAUUUGAAUAAUUUGAAUUUCAUAAAGAGGUAGACAAUAUCUUCUUGUGCUUUCUGCAGCCGAGACAGUUUGAUGGAAGCAUUGUUACUGUAUUUGAUAUGAUAUUUCAUUUAUUAUUAGCCAAUGAUUAAUGUGAACAUUUUUGCAUUUUGUGAUUUUUUUUGUAAAUCCCGUCCACAAUUCAUUUUUACGAACAACAAAAAAAAAAAAAACAACAACAGUGAAUUAUAAAAGGAGACCUUAAAAUGUGUACCGAAAUGCCUUGUAAGUUGUCAGUAUUUUGAAUAAACUGUGUACAGUGACAUGAAA